CGCAACGUAAAACACACGUUGCUCUAUAAUUCAAUAAUACUACUUUAUUUUUAAUUUAUUUCAUUUAAAAAAUGGUUUUGCGUUCGCUUAGUUUUUUAUUAAGUAUAGUUUUAGCUUGUUCUGGAUCAGUUGACAUAGAGAAAUAUUUGAAAACAUGUGCCCGAAACUCUCCGGAUGUGAACGAUUGUCUUGUAGACGCUAUUCAAAGCGGUAUUACUGCAAUGGCUGGAGGUAUUAAGGAUAUCGGAGUGCCGGCUGUAGACCCCUACCACCAAAAAGAGCAAAAAUUCGAAUAUAAAAACAAUCAGAUUCAAGCCAAGAUGGUUAGCAAAGACAUAAUAGUAAUCGGCUUAAAAGGAUCCACCGUUCGUGAUGCAAGACUACGAGUAGACGAUGACAGUUUUCAUCUCGAAGUCGACAUGUUUAGCCCUGCGGUGUCAGUGAGCGGCAAAUAUGAAGGGAGCGGCAGUUACAAUGCUUUAAAUGUAAUCGCUAAAGGAACCUAUGUUACAAAUAUGACUGACCUUGUAUAUACCUGGAAGCUAGAUGGAAAACCUGAGACAAUUGAUAAUGAAGUAUAUAUGAGAAUCAAAUCUUUCUAUAUGAGACCAGACGUUAGUAACAUGCAAGUUUAUCUCACAAAUGAAGCACCUGAAACCAGAGAAUUGACCGCCCUUGGAGUGAAAAUAGUUAAUGAAAACUGGAGAUUGUUGUAUAAAGAAUUGUUGCCAAUCGCACAAGAUAACUGGGAUAAGAUUGGCGUUAGGGUAGCUAACAAGAUUUUCCUGAAAGUACCAUUCAAUCGUUUGUUUCCUAACACGUCGUAAAUAUAAUAAAUAUUUUAAAAGAGAGGUGUAUGACAAUUAGUAAUACUAUUGUUUUAAAAUAGAUUAUUUAAAUAGUAUUAGAGCUAAGUAAAAUUUGAAUGUCAGUAUACUAGAACAUAAAUAAAGCGGUGAUAUUGGGAUUAUAAACACACUGGUAAUAAGAUUACACAUUCCUAAUACACAGAUUAAAUAUGUAA